UAAAUAUUUUAUUUCUUCCAGGGAACAGCUUCAGAACAUCUCAGACUAAGAAACUCUCAACUGUGCUGAGAAGAACAUUGAAGAUGGACCAUUUUCCCUUCCCUCUCACUGGAAAGGAUUUAAAAAAGAACUGAAGUGGCAGAGCUUUUGAGUUCAUCUUCAGGAUGAAUGAAUUUCGUUCAGGAGACAAGCCAGAAGACGACCUGCAGCCCUUAUUUGUCAGCGACAAAAAUGGAAACACUUAUGCAUACCACCCCAAACCACCACCCGCAGAGCUGGCAGGCUGUUGGCAUUCUGCCAACCCAGACGACAUGGUGGUGGAUUAUGAAGCCAACACUGCUGCGGACGGUGGUGAAAACAUGGCCUUAAACCCUCAGUGUGUCGAAGAACUUGAUCACCAAAAGGCUCCAAGUGAUUUCCCUGGCCCCGCACAUGCUGUAGUCACAGGGGAGCCCAGGCACCCGCGUAGCUGCUGUCAUUCCCGACGGUCCCCUCAGGGCCAGAUUGAGGAGACAUCUCCGCCUUUUGCGUGGGAACCCCAGGAGGGCGAUUGGAGUUGUGCAGACUGCCCAGAUGCCUUGCAGCUAAACCAGACCUUUGACAUGAGAGUGGGUAACGCUACCUGCGCCUUUGCAAAACACCACGCUGUGGGAAAGAGCCAGUCUUUGCACGCCUCUGGGAGCCUGCAACCAACUGGCAUGAGAAGUGGAAAUACGUCUCUAUCCUGUUCCGUUCGCCCAUCUUCCCAUUCUGAUAAGACACACAUGACAGGGACGAGUUACGAUAGAGGCGUCUUUAAAAGCCCUGCGGCCACAGCCUCAGAGGCCCAGGGCACAAUGUGCACAGCGUUUUCUGAGGUGCUGAUGCAAACUGAGGCUUUUGUUCCAGAUGCUGGAAAUGCCGGUCCGUAUUCUUCAGGAAAUGUCACCAGUGAGUACACAGAUGGGCCACAGCAAAGACGAGCUGGAGAAAAAGAGGCACACGCUCUGACACCAGUUUCUGAUGGCAUGGAUGUUCCCAGCGGGUCUGCAGUGAAGGAGUUCUUUUGUUUAUCUAACGAUGAACCACAUAGUGAGACACAUUCAGCCAGCUCAUAUGGGCCAAAGGAAAUGGGCCAAAAUCUAGGAGAAACAGUGUCUGGUUGUCUUAUCGAUGACAAAUGCCCUUGCCUGGUGCCAGCUUUUGAUAACAGCACAGCCCCAGUGCUGUGCCCGGAACCCAACGUCACCGGGGCCGAACACACACAGAUUGCCCCCCAUGAAGAGGACCUGGAAAUCCAUACAGAUACCAUAGAACUGGCCCCAGGUAGCCCCCCUGGACAUUCACUUGAACUGACUUGGGAUGAAAACGAUAUGGUCAUUAGUGCAAAUGACACCAUUUGCAUGUCCACGCCAAUCCCCAACCCCCUGAAUGCAACCUUUUUUGUUUCCCCCAUCGAGGCGACCGAGAAAUGUAGCAACCUGGAGAAGAGUCACCCAGAGCUUUCUAAACCGAACGUAGGAAAGCCAACAACCAAAGCAAAUACCCCGAUAGGCAGCAAAGUCAGAAAGAACAAAAUCAUAAGUUACCCAAGACCGAACUUCAAGAACGUCAAAGCCAAAGUGAUGUCGAGGCCUGCAUUGCAGUCCCACGACCCUGCUUUGUCAAAGGUCACACCCAGGCCUCAGCUGACCAGUGCCUCCUCAUCCCCCUCAUCGGUGUCUUCCUCGAGACAGUUGACAGUGCUGAGCAAAACACGGAGAUCCGACUUGAACGCAGACACAAAAACAGAAACCCCAAUUAACAAGACGCAGAAGCAGCAGUUGAAUAAACUCAUCACGAGCCAGGCUGAGCGUGUUGCAACUCAUUCUAAAAAUGCUUCCCACAGGGUUUCAAGAACAACACCUGCCCUGAAAUCGAAUCGGGAAGAUGUUGACAAAGCCAGUUCUUCUAAUUCGGCUUGCGAGCCCGGGUCCGUGGCUUCGUUUCUCCAGAAGUGCAGGGGCCUGUUCUCGGUGACCAUGGAAAGCCCGGAGUGCUUGGAAAUGACGUACGUGUCCAACAUCCAGAGGAUUAGCCCUGAAGAGAAGGGCGAACAGGAAAACGGGGCCCUUCUGGAAAAACAAGACCUAAAGAAGGACAUUUUGAAUGAGACCUUUGAGUAUGGGUCUCUGUUUUUGGGUUCUGCUUCAAAAGCUGCCACCCCCGCAGGGAGGAAUACACCCAAGCCCGACGCCUCCAGUGUGCGGAUAACACCUGGUCCGAAAGCCAAAGUGGGCCCUCCUGCUUCCUGCUUGAGGUGCACCAGCAACAGCAGAACGCUCAGUGCUGAUCGGACCUUAUCUUACCAGAGGAUCAGGCGUGCGGCCGGUUCUGGAAAACCUACAUCUUUGAAAACUGCACAGCCGUCUUGGGUGAAUUUGCCUCGACCGCUUCCUAAGUCCAACGCGUCCUUGAAAAGCUCUGCGCUCCGGCGGACAGGCAGCCCCUCCUCCAUCGCCAGCACCCACAGUGACCUGAACGCUUACAGCAGUAAUUUUGAAAACGGCAGACAAAAGACUCCCAGGAGUUUAUGCAUCCAAACUCAGACGUCUCCAGAUGUGCUCUCCUCUGAGAAAACACUCGAGUUGGCUCAGUAUAAAACCAAAUCGGAGAAGCAGAGUCGGUUUAUCCUGCACCUUAAGCAGCUUGUUUCCUGCGGGAAUGCCAAGUUUGAAGCAUUAACCGUUGUGAUUCAGCACCUACUGUCUGAGCGGGAGGAAGCCCUGCAACAGCACAAAGCCCUGUCGCAAGAGCUCCUGAGCCUCCGGGGAGAGCUGGUCACUGCUUCGACCACCUGUGAGAAAUUAGAAAAAGCCAGGAAUGAGUUGCAAGCAGCUUAUGAAGGAUUUGUCCAGAAGCUGAACCAGCAGCACCAGACGGAUCUCACCGAGCUAGAGAAUCGGCUCAAAGAGUUCUACACCGAGGAGUGUGAGAAGCUCCAGAACAUUUACAUCGAAGAAGCAGAGAAGUACAAAACUCAGCUGCAGGAGCAGUUUGACAACUUAAGUGCUGCCCAUGAAACCUCGAAGCUGGAAAUUGAAGCUAGCCACUCAGACGAAGUGGAAUUACUGAAGAAGGCCUAUGAAACCUCCCUUUCAGAAAUCAAGAAAAGCCAUGAAUUAGAAAAGAAAUCGCUUGAGGAUUUGCUUUCUGAGAAGCAGGAAUCCCUAGAGAAACAAAUCACUGAUCUGAAGAGUGAAAAUGAGGCUUUAAAUGAAAAGCUGAAAUCAGAAGAACAAAAAAGACUCUCAAGAGAGAAAGCGAAUUUAAAAAACCCUCAGAUCAUGUACCUGGAGCAGGAGCUGGAGAGCCUGAAGGCCGUGCUGGAGAUCAAGAACGAGAAGCUGCACCAGCAGGACGUGAAGCUGAUGAAGAUGGAGAAGCUGGAGGACAACAACACAGCGCUGGUCGACAAACUGAAGCGAUGUCAGCAGGAGAACGAGGAGUUAAAAGCUCGGAUAGACAAACACAUUGCGAUUUCAAGGCAACUGUCCAACGAGCAGGCCACCCUGCAGGAGUGGCUGGAGAAGGAGUCGAAAGUCAACAAGCGCCUGUCCAUGGAGAACGAGGAGCUGCUGUGGAAGCUGCACAACGGGGACCUGUGCGGCUCCGACAGGUCCCCCUCGUCCCCCGCCAUCCCCUUCCAGUCGCCGCGCAAUUCCGGCUCCUUCCCCAGCCCCAGCGUGUCGCCCAGAUGACACUUCUGCCCGCGGGAGACUGUCUGAGAGCACCGUCACAGGUCCGCAGGGCUGACCCACACCGUGGUCCAGGGAUCAAGAGCCACGUGGGCCGACGUGUCGUGACCGCCCUAGAACUGGAACGUCUUGACCCCCUGCACCGGCUCCUUGGGAGACCGGAGCUCAGGAGGAACACGUGGCUCUCUGGCCGAGGGGCUCCUCCCCAAAGGAUUUCGGAAUCGAUCUGCACGGACAUUUGCACAAAGCACUUAAAGAACAUUGCCUUUUCCACGUAAGCAUAAGGGGGAAAACUCUCAGGGGCCUCUUCAGAUAAAGAUUUAUAAGCUUUAUAAUGUUCUUCGCCACAGGCACCUUCUUGUGAUUUUUAUUUGGGGGACGUGUGAAUAAAAGGGAUGUAGCGAGUGUCCUGUGUCUGAUGCUGCCUCCUUUGCUGUGUACUGCAAGUCAAAAGCUGCAUAUUUCCGGGUCUGUACUAAUCAGCUAAGUCAGUGUAUGCAUCUCUGCAAAAAGCCAUAGAAGGAAGAGCAAUCGUUGCUUGAAUGAUGACGCCCUCUGCCACCCACUCCGCCCCGCCCUUGGACACGGGGUGGGGUGGGGAGUGACAGGAAGCGUUCCGACUGGUCCAUGUCUGUGCAGUGUCUGUAUCCUUUGGAAGUUUCUUGGCAUUCUUUCAGUGUUCAGCCAUGUCGGUCAAAACUAACAAGUUUGUGUUUUUUCCUGUAGACUUUUAAUGUUCCCAUGUGAACCUAACAUUUUACAACGAUCCAUUUUCUCAGGCUACGAGCAAAUGUAAAACCCCAAUUUUUCUAAAAUUCUGUAAAAAGAAAAGGGGCGGCAGCAGUGGAUUGCUCCCGCCUUACGUUUACCGUGACCUAAGCUGUCCUCACUGAUGUCAACUGUUGUCUUCUCCCCUGAGCCCCGCCUCCUCCCUUUCUUUCCUUCCCCCAGCCAGAGCCACAAAGGCAACCCUCCUACCUCCUUCCUAUUCUCUGGGACAAGGCUAGUGGCACAUGCUUUUCCAGAGCCAGCUCAUCCUCAAGGUGCUCACACCACGCUCCAAAUAAGCCACAGCCUGGACCUGAGAGUACAAGUUUUGGGAAACCCUAGAAGGAAUAUAGAACGAGAGAGUCAUUGGCUCAUGUUUAUCAAUGAACAGGAGUACCUUGAUGAAACCAACGAUGCAGCAUCUCAUAGAAGAUCAUGCCAAGUUCCCAUGCACCCUUUGAGUAACUUUCUGUCUUUGGGGAGGUAGAAUGGCCAGCUUCCGAGUAGAAAAUGUGGCUUUUCCUACUCGUAGGCCUCUCCUCCAGGUUGCAUUUCAGUUUCUCUUCCAAACUUCACUUAUUACCUCCCCCAGUUCUCACACUUUGGGGGAGGUGGGAGGAAGCACUGUGGCUUCCCCGCCCCACCGCCUACCCCUGCACGGGUCAACAUGGUGAUGUCAGUACUUACUGAUCUGCAUUGCUGACGUCUGAUGGCUGUACAGAUAGCCCCAUGAUAAGAACGGGUUCAGGAUACUAGAGGGGGGUCUUUGAGUCAUCAUUACAUGUACAUUACAUAGCAAAUUAGUAUUCAUGAUGCAUGGUGUUUUCUUUUUAAUUAUUAGUGAUUGUGUCUGAAGUCUAGGCUUCACUAGUGUAGUGUGUAUGUUACCUUCCGUGUGUGCUUCUGAUGAACGGGAAUAGGCCCACUGCCACCUUCCGAGAUCUCUCUCUGCUUACCCUUUCCAGCUGUGCUCAGUGUCAUUAGCCGAAGUUGGAUUUGCCACCCGUGCCCGCGCAUGGUAAAUCUCGUGCUGAUCCCCGCUCUCCUCCAUACCCUUUAGGUGUCUGGGGAAACCAAUCUUACACAGUUAGCAUAAAGUGUCUUCAGAGACAACUGGAGGGAAGGUAGGAAACAACAUGGGGAACUUGAAGAUUGUUUUCAAACCAAAUGUUUCACGUAGGAUGUACAAUGUCGGCACGUCGUACCGUAUACGGAUGUGUAAAAACUGUAAUUGUGCUCAGUUUGUAAUGAUGCAAAGUGUAUUUUUACCUUGAUUAAAUAAACUGCUGGAAUAUUUAAUA